UGGGCAGGGAGCGGCCGUUCUACUCAGCGGAGCCGCGCGGCAUGGCGGGCGGGGCCCGGGAGGUCCUCACUUUGCAGUUGGGACAUUUUGCGGGUUUCGUGGGAGCGCACUGGUGGAACCAGCAGGAUGCUGCGUUGUGCAGGCCGAACGAUGCCAAAGAGCCGCCGGGAGAGCUGUGCCCCGACGUCCUGUACAGGACCGGCCGGACGUUACAUGGCCAAGAGACCUACACGCCGAGACUCAUCCUCAUGGAUCUGAAGGGUAGUCUGAGCUCCCUAAAGCAAGAAGGUGGACUCUACAGGGACAAACAGCUAGAUGCUGCAAUAGCAUGGCAAGGGAAGCUCACCACACACACAGAGGAACUCUAUCCCAAGAACCCUUAUCUCCAGGACCUUCUGAGCGCAGAGGGAGUGCUGAGUAGUGAUGGUACCUGGAGGGUCAAAUCAAUUCCCAAUGGCAAAGGUCCCCCACCAUUCACCAACGCUAGAACUCCAAAACCAGUUAUGCCCACAGAGGGCAGUAUCAGAGUCUGGUCAGACUUCCUCAGAGUCCAUCUCCACCCCCGGAGCAUCUGUAUGAUUCACAAAUACAACCAUGAUGGGGAAGCAGGCCGCCUGGAGGCUUUUGGCCAAGGGGAGAGCAUCCUGAAGGAACCCAAGUACCUGGAAGAGCUGGAGGACAGGCUGCAUUUCUACGUGGAGGAGUGUGACUACCUGCAGGUAGCUGAGGGGCACGGCGGGCACUGUAUAGAAACAUCCCUCAUCCUGCCACUUUCACUUUUCACCUCUCUCCAGGGCUUCCAGAUUCUGUGUGACCUGCACGAUGGCUUCUCUGGGCUGGGCGCCAAGGCUGCGGAGUUGCUACAAGACGAGUAUUCAGGGCGGGGAAUAAUCACCUGGGGCCUGCUCCCUGGUCCGUACCGCCUUGGGGAGCUGCAAAAAAACAUCUACCGUCUGUUAAACACAGCUUUCGGUUUGGUACACCUGUCUGCUCACAGCUCUCUGGUCUGCCCCUUAUCCUUGGGUGGGAGCCUGGGGCUGCGACCUGAGCCGCCCGUCAGCUUCCCUCUCCUGCAGUAUGACGCCGCUCUGCCCGUCCACUGUGGUGCCAUCCUAGCUACAGCCCUGGACACAGUCACUGUUCCUUAUCGCCUACGGUCCUCACCAGUUUCCAUGGUUCAUCUGGCUGAUAUGCUGAACUUCUCUGGGAAAAAGGUGGUGACAGCAGGAGCAACUAUCCCCUUCCCCUUAGUUCCAAGCCAGUCCCUCCCUGAUACCCUAAUGCAGCUUGGACAGGCCACCCCAUGGACCCCACUGUCUGCAUGUGGGGACCCUUCUGGGACAUGCUGCUUUGCCCAGUCGGUGGUGCUGAGGGGUCUAGACAGAGCACGCCACACCAGUCAGCUCACCCCCGGGACACCUCUGCCCUCCCCGCUCCACACGUGCACCACUGGGGAAGAAGUCUUGGCCCAGUAUUUGCAGCAGCAGCAGCCUAGAGUCAGGAGCUCUUCCCAUCUGCUGCUGACUCCCUGCAAGGCAGUCCCUCCUUACCCCUACCUCUUCUCCUCACGCCUCAGCCAGCACGGUUUGCUACUCGAUGCUCCUCCAGCAGGGACAGCGGUGGAGAGCAUCCCAGUGCUCGGGGCCCUCUGCUCCUCUUCCUCCUUGAACCGGGCCCUGGGAGAUUUGGCCAAAGAUCUCUCCAAACUUGACCUGCGACGCUGGGCCAGCUUCAUGGACGCUGGAGUGGAACAGGAUGACCUAGAGGAGACACUGCAGGAUCUGCGAGACCUGGCCCAGUGCUACGAGAGUGGCAACGACAGGCUCAUGGACUAAAGCUCCAAGAAAAGGAAAGGACUUGUUUACAAUAAAAACUGCUGGGUGCAGGA